GGAGCGGCUCCGCGAUGGUAGCUGCUACUUCCAGCGCUCCCGGCUCAUCUGGAUGAUCGCCAUCGCCUUCGGCAUGAUCGUCCUCGGCUGGGUAACUCUUUGGCCUUCAACUAUACCUUAUAGCUAUUUGGGAAUAUUUGGUACCUUCCUUAAUUAUUUAGUGGAAAACCACCACAAAUGGGUUUGCUAUGGGUUCUGGGUAUCCUGGUUGAUUCACAUAGUAGAAGCCUUCUACGGUGUUAAGUUAUGCCAAUCUAAAGGAAUCACUGACCCAGCAAUUCAGUUUCACUGGUUCAUUCAGACGCUUUUAUUUGGAUAUGCUUCCUUUGGUCUUCUGGUGUCUUACAAACCUUCAGCCAAGAAGCACUACUAGAAGUCAGUGAAAGAAGUCGCUUCUCACAUUCCUCAUCCUCAUUUUUCAGAAGAUCCUCACAAGUCUUGGUGUUGUCAUUAGCUAAAUUACAUUCCUGCUACAUGAUGCAGUGCCCUUCUACCCAAGUAACUCUCAUCUCACUAAAUAAGAUAGUUACAAUUCACAGGACCCUGUGGAUAGUUCGAUAGAAGUUCAGCCGUUCAGUCCUGGCAUUGGCAAAGUUUAAUCCCAUUUGUUAUGCAAGAAGCCAGAAGUUGCUUCUCUGCAGUUUUUGACAUAGACUAUAUACUCUGAUUCUCAUUGAAAAGACCCUGACAGCUGGUAGUAAUGAUUGAUACUUUUUCAUGUGGAGGAAUUUUCUUCUACAACUGGGAGUGUUAUUUAUAGCCACAAUGCAGCAUGUACCUGUUUUGGUAUAGGAUUUAAAUUUACCUGUAUUUUCUCUACAGGAUAUUUUACUGGCUGCUUAGCUGUUGUUAGAGCCUGGUCUUUGUACUUUGUUUUGUAAACUUAUUUUCUUCCACAAAGGACAGACCACUGUUGCUGCAGGCACAGUGAAAAGACCAAGUCUCAGUUCAGGAUGAGGUGCAGUGAUGAACUGGGAUACAUAAAGCACUUUAAUAAAUGUGCCUUAAAUUUCAUGCAGCAUGACCUCAUCUUUUGAAUGAAGAUUUUAAUCUUUGAGUUAGUAUAGCAUAAAGUAGUAAUCCUGUAGGCUUGAGGGCAGCUUUUUCAAAAAGUAAUUAUUA